UUCGAAUUUGCUGACUUCUGUCUGACUCUUGGGCCGGCACAAUGCUUCUGCUGUUCGAAGAAAACCAGUCCAAAUUACCUGAGCGAGAGCUUUUUCAUGGUGAAAGGCGCAGCGCUUUUCUUACAACAAGGAAACAGCGCCCAGGGCCAGCGAAGCCUCCAGCAUCCUCACAAACAUGCAGGUGAUUUGCCCCAGCACCUCCAGGUGAUGAUCAACCUCCUGCGCUGUGAGGAUAGGAUCAAACUGGCUGUCCGUUUGGAAAGUGUGUGGACAGACCGAGUCCGGUACAUGGUGGUUGUAUACAGCAGCGGACGGCAGGACACAGAAGAGAAUAUUCUGCUGGGUGUGGAUUUCUCCAGCAAGGAGAGUAAAAGCUGCACAAUAGGAAUGGUUCUUCGUCUGUGGAGUGAUACUAAAAUCCAUCUUGACGGUGACGGUGGCUUCAGCGUGAGCACUGCAGGGAGAAUGCACAUCUUCAAGCCAGUGUCGGUGCAAGCCAUGUGGUCUGCUUUACAGAUCCUCCAUAAAGCCUGUGAAGUUGCAAGAAGGUACAACUACUUCCCCGGCGGGAUGGCCUUGGUCUGGGCCACGUACUACGAAAGCUGCAUCAGCUCCGACCAGAGCUGCAUCAACGAGUGGAACGCGAUGCAGGACCUGGAGUCCACCCGCCCCGACUCGCCAGCCCUGUUUGUUGACAAGCCAACUGAAAGGGAACGAACAGAACGGCUCAUUAAAGCCAAACUCCGGAGCAUCAUGAUGAGCAAAGACCUGGAAAAUGUGACUUCUAAGGAGAUACGAAAUGAGCUGGAGAAGCACAUGAAUUGCAACUUGAAGGAAUUCAAGGAAUUUAUCGACAAUGAAAUGCUGCUUAUCCUGGGUCAGAUGGACAAACCGUCUCUGAUUUUUGAUCAUUUGUAUCUGGGGUCCGAGUGGAACGCCUCCAACCUCGAGGAGCUGCAGGGCUCGGGCAUUGACUACAUUUUGAACGUGACCAGGGAAAUAGAUAAUUUCUUCCCCGGUUUGUUCGCGUAUCACAAUAUCCGAGUGUACGACGAGGAGACGACGGACCUCCUGGCUCACUGGAACGAGGCGUACCACUUCAUAAAUAAGGCCAAGAAGAAUCACUCCAAGUGCCUGGUGCACUGCAAAAUGGGGGUGAGCCGGUCAGCAUCUACCGUUAUCGCUUACGCGAUGAAGGAGUUUGGUUGGUCCCUGGAAAAGGCCUAUAACUACGUGAAGCAGAAACGCAGCAUUGCAAGACCGAACGCAGGCUUCAUGAGACAGCUUUUGGAGUACGAAGGCAUUUUAGACGCCAGCAAGCAGCGCCACAAUAAGCUGUGGAAGCAGCAGGCGGAGAGCAACCUACCCCAGAACACGGAUGGCACCACGGGCUCGGGCGACUUCUUACUCGAGAGCUUAGAUAUCGACCUGGAAAACCGCCUGGUUGACCUGGACACGCCAUCACAGUCAGCGUACCUGGACAACCGCGCCGGCGCCGAAGUGUCCGUGGGGUUUAAUUACUGCUUCCGUCGCCUCUCGGACACGCUGCUGGAGAACAAGACCCCCGGUGACAGGGAGGGCUUUUUCCACGUGGAGGAGCUGGAGCGGGACGCGCUGGCGGAGCGCGCUGCCUCGCUGGUGGGACAGCCGCCGCCUGCGCCUUCGGGGGGGGAGCUGGUGGAAAGGGCGAAAGCCCUGGAGACGACGGAGCCGCUGGCGGAGCUGAGCAGUUUCAGCGAGAAGGAGGUGAAGAAGAAACCGGACUUCAGCCCCAGGAAGGGAAGGAUGGUGCUGGGCCCCGGGGACCCAGGAGAGGACGGUGUCAGGGAGGAAAAUCCGAUGGAGAAGUGGAAGCGGCGUUUGUCCAUGCACAAGGAGGAGAGCAGGCUUAAUAGAGAGAACUUGAAUAACAACAACAGCAAAAGGAGUUGCCCAGAGGAUUUUGAGCACGAUGCCGUGUUUGGGAUCCUCAGCAAAGUCAAGCCUUCCUAUCAGUCCUGCGCCGACUGCAUGUACUCCUCGGCCGGUUUGUCCCCCGACUCCUUCGGGGAGCAGUGCGAAAAGCUGAACGCCGGCGCUGCGCGUCGCGGCAGCACCAUCUGCACGCAGCCCGCCCUCCUCUCCCACAUCCACUCCCGCUUGAAAGGAAAAGAUGCACCAAAAACCCCGGUCAGAACUCUGCUGCCCAGGAGAAACUCGCACUGUGACAAGAACCUCCUUACCGCAGAAGCGGUGAAAGAAGAGUCUCUGGGCAGAAAAGACAGCAAACCUACCAAGGAUCUGAAGCACUUGUUCGGCAAAGACUUGGAAAAGCCGAGCGCGAACAGUUACUUGAUGCAGCAUCAGGAGUCGCUCAUUCAGCUGCAGAAAGCAGGCUUGGUUAGGAAACACACCAAAGAGCUGGAGCGGCUGAAGAGCCUGCCCUCGGACGCCUCGUCGCUGCUCCGAGAGGGCCCCCUGAGCAGAGCCGACGCUGGCAUCGCGGAGGAGAGCGAGGGUUUGAUUUCGCAUCACGGCCUCGUCCCUCUGCUGGGACCGGCGCCGCUGAUACCCGGAGACGCAGAAAACGGCGUGGAGAAGUUAGAGGUGAGACGCGUCUUGGAGGGGAGCUCUCAGAAAACCUCCACGCCUGUCACGUGUCGGUCGGAGCACACGAGCAGUUUCACCAAGGACUUUCUGAAGACCAUCUGCUACACCCCCUCGUCCUCCCGCAGCUCCAACCUGACGCGGAGCUCCAGCAGCGACAGCAUCCACAGCGUGCGGGGCAAGCCCGGCCUGGUGAAGCAGCGAACGCAGGAGAUUGAGACCAGGCUGCGGCUGGCCGGCUUGACUGUGUCCUCUCCUCUGAAGAGGUCCAAUUCUCUCGCCAAGCUGGGAUGUCUUAACUUGUCCUCCGAGGACUUAUCAAGUGACAUGGAUGUGUCGACCGUAACGGACUCGAAAGAGGCCGUUUCGAGCGAGUCUUCCGUGCUCUGUGAGCCACAAUCCACGCUGAGGAGCGCAGACGUCGCCUCCCCGCUGGCAGCGAAGCCAGCGGUUGGAAACUUGAAGAACACGCUUUGGGUGGACAAAAGUUGA